UGCGUUUUGUUUUCUGUUUAUAUUUAAAAGAAGAUUGUUGCAGAGUAAUGACUGAUGUUAAGGAAAUGUCGUGUAGGCUUUGCCUUAAAAAUAUAACGGACGAAAGUUUUGAAGUGAUAAACCACAUUAUCAGAGACAUUCUAGAUGGUCUUUUGCUGAAAUUGAAAUUUGAUAGCGAGAGCAAAGAGGUUAUAUGUAACGCUUGCAGAAGAAAGUUAAAUGCGGCUUCAGAAUUUAAGUCGACGUGUUUGAAUACUGAUAACACAAUUAUUCCUUAUGUGGAUAGCGAAAAAAUGUUACAGCUCGACCUAAGAGAAGUGUACAUGCAGGAAAAGAAAAGUGAAUUAGUUUGCAGUCAGAAAAUAUGUCGAUUGUCUAUGCACCCAGUAGAAAGUGAGUUUAGGUGCAUACGUGAAGAGGAACUUGAAGCUAUCCAGAAAUUGACACCUGAAAUGUUUAUAAAUAUCAUCAAAGAUCCCGUUGUUUGUAAGCCAUGCUUCGAUUCUCUGUGUACUCACAACAGUUUCCUAAAAGAUUGCUCAGAGGUAGAAGAAAAAAUUAAAAGUAUUUUUGAUAGUUCAGCCACAGGAAGUCAAAUAGAUAUGUCUCCACUUGGUUUAUUCGUUGAGACUGAAAACCUGGACAAUAAAUUUGAUAUUAACGGGAUGGAAAUGUCGAUCAAAGCUGAAUGUGUUGACAUAAAAUCGGAAGAUGAGGAAACAAGAGUAAUGGCUGAUGUUAAGGAAAUGUCGUGUAGGCUUUGCCUUAAAAAUAUAACCGACGAAAGUUUUGAAGUGAUAAACCACAUUAUCAGAGACAUUCUAGAUGGUCUUUUGCUGAAAUUGAAAUUUGAUAGCGAGAGCAAAGAGGUUAUAUGUAACGCUUGCAGAAGAAAGUUAAAUGCGGCUUCAGAAUUUAAAUCAACGUGUUUGAAUACUGAUAACACAAUUAUUCCUUAUGUGGAUAGCGAAAAAAUGUUACAGCUCGACCUAAGGGAAGUGUACAUGCAGGAAAAGAAAAGUGAAUUAGUUUGCAGUCAGAAAAUAUGUCGAUUGUCUAUGCACCCAGUAGAAAGUGAGUUUAGGUGCAUACGUGAAGAGGAACUUGAAGCUAUCCAGAAAUUGACACCUGAAAUGUUUAUAAAUAUCAUCAAAGAUCCCGUUGUUUGUAAGCCAUGCUUCGAUUCUCUGUGUACUCACAACAGUUUCCUAAAAGAUUGCUCAGAGGUAGAAGAAAAAAUUAAAAGUAUUUUUGAUAGUUCAGCCACAGGAAGUCAAAUAGAUACGUCUCCACUUGGUUUAAUCGUUGAGACUGAAAACCUGGACAAUAAAUUUGAUAUUAACGGGAUGGAAAUGUCGAUCAAAGCUGAAUGUGUUGACAUAAAAUCGGAAGAUGAGGAAACAAGGGACACGCCUUUUCAGACCUGCGAUAUUGUACCAUUCGAGGAGAGUGACUGCAAAAAUGAAGAAGAGGAUGGAUGUAAACAUGAGAAUGGAUCAGCAGUGAAAACCAGGCAGGAGCGCAAAGUAUUGUACAAAUGUGAUAAAUGUAUCUACGAAACUGAAAGUGAGAUCCGUUUUACUGCACACUGUGCGAGACAUGAGAACAAUUUGAGAGCAUAUGGAUGUGAAUCGUAUGAUUACGAAACUGAAAAUAAGAAAUUACUUCUGAAGCACCUUUUGAAGGUUCAAAUGUAUAGGUGUAGCGUCUGCAAUUACGAAACUAUAUACAGCAAACAUAUGGAAGGACACCAACUGAAGCAUAAAGAUCCUUCACAGGUUCAAAUGUACAAGUGUAAAGACUGCAAUUACGAAACUAAAUACAAGUAUGCUGUCAAAAAGCACCAAGUGAAACAUAAAGAUCCUUCACUCAUUCAAAUGUAUAGGUGUAGCGACUGCAAUUAUGAAAGUAAAUACAAGAGUAAUCUCAAAGGGCACCAACUGACACAUAAAGAUCCUUCACUGGUUCAAAGGUACAAGUGUAAUGACUGCAACUACGAAACUAGAUACAGCAAACAUAUGAAAGAACACCAACUGAAGCAUGAAGCUCCUUCACAAGUUCAAAUGUACAGGUGCAGCGACUGCGAUUUCGAAACUAAAUACAGGAGCUGUUUCGAAAAGCAUCAACUGAAACAUAAAGAUACUUCGCAGGUUCAAAUGUACCGGUGUAAUGACUGCGAUUUUGAAAGUAAAUACAAGAAUAAUAUUAAACUGCAUCAAAGGAAACAUAAAGAUCCUUCACAGGUUCAAAUGUACAGGUGUCACUAUUGCGAUUAUGAAACUGGAUACAAGAGUCAUUUCAAAAAGCAUCAACUGAAACAUAAAGAUCCUUCGCAGGUUCAAAUGUACAGGUGUCACAAUUGCGAUUAUGAAACUAGAAACGAGAGUAAUUUCAAAGAGCAUCAACUGAAACAUAAAAAUCCUUCACAGGUUCAAAUGUACAGUUGUAACGAUUGCGAUUACAAAACUAGAUUCAAUAGGCAUUUCAAAGAGCAUCAACUGAAACAUAAAGAUCCUUCGCAGGUUCAAAUGUACGGGUGUAAGGACUGCGAUUUCGAAACUAAGUACAGGAAUAGUAUCAAACAGCACCAACUGAAACAUAAAAAUCCUUUGCUAGUACAAACAUACAAGUGUAACGACUGCGAUUACGAAACUAAGUACAAGGAUAAUAUCAGACAGCACCUACUGAAACAUAAAGAUCUUUCGCAGCUUCAAAUGUACAAGUGUAACGACUGCAAUUACAAAACUAGAUAUAGGAGAUGUAUCAUACAGCACCAACUUAAGCAUAAAAAUCCUUCUCAGGUCCAGACAUACAAGUGUAACAACUGCCCCUUCGAAAGUAAAUACAAGAAUCAUCUGCAGCGUCAUCAACUGAAACAAAUACGCUGCGCAAGUUCUAAAGAUACUAGUGUAAUGACUGAGAUUACGAAUCCAAAUGCAGGAGUGGUAUGUCAUUUGUUGAAGCAUAGAAGAACUUUUUGAGAAAACGUCAAUUGAUGCACAAAAAAUGUGAAGUUCCGCCCAUUGAAGUACAGUCAAAAAUUGGGGCAUUUUAGAGACUGACUAAAUAUUUGAACUGAAGCAAAAUGUAAAGUCUAUCUUGAAAAACAUCAACAAGUUUACAUGCGUUUCUGUAGCCAAGUGUAUUAAUAU